AUGAGACUUCAUAUUUUUCUUAUUUUUCUUCUUUAUUCAUCAAAUUGUUUAACAAUUGAUCAUGAUAAACAAUGUUCUAGUCGAGAUACCUGUUCCGAUUCCACGUUAAAAUCUCCAUCGAUCUAUGGUGAUGAACCAUUUAUUCAACAUCGAAAUUGUUUUUGUGAUUCUGUCUGUCAAAAAUAUGAUGAUUGUUGUAAUCAAUUAAAUUUAUUAAAUUUAAAUAACUACGAGUGCAUCGAUUUUCUUUCACCAACAAAUCUUAAAAAUUUUCUUAUGUUCAAUCCGUUAUCGGUAUGGAUGCGUACUAAGUGUUUAUCAAUUUAUGUUGGAUCAUCUUCUGAUAUUCGAUGUCGAAAUUUAAAUAAACAAACAUUUAUAGAAAAUCCGCUACUAUACAUUCCCGCUACAAGUGUACAAACCAAUAUAACUUAUAGAAACUAUUAUUGUGCAUAUUGUAAUAAUGAUGCAAAUUUUAAUAUAAAACUUUGGGAAUAUAAAACGAAUUGUGCUGGUAAUGCAACUGGUUAUGAUUAUACGAUUCUGAGUAAAGAAGAACAAGUUGAUUAUUAUAUUCAUAGUUUAACACGAAAUUGUUCAAAAACAAUAAAUUAUCCACGUGUUGGAGGUACUAGCCAACCUUCGGUAUUCAUUCGGCCAUGUAAAAUAACCGUUCCAUCAAUUUGUCCACUUGGAACAUCAGAUGAUUUAAGUCAAAAAUGCUCUCAAUCUAAUACAGCCUACCGAUACGAUAUCAUUUCAAAGGUGACUUAUCGUAAUUCAUAUUGUGCAAAAUGUCAUAAUAGAAGUGAUAGUACAAUUAAAUGUAAGGAUCCUAUUUUACGUUCAAGUAUGUCUCCAAUGAGCCAAACACGUGUUCCUUCAUUAUCAAUAUUAUUUGAUCCAACUCUUCUUGAACGCUAUUUAAAUUAUGAUUCAGAGAACAAUGCAACAACUGAAAGGAUCUAUUCAUUGAGUUAUACUUGUGAGAAAUCAAAUGAACUCUAUAAUUUAUUUUUAAAAAAAUGUUCACAAAUUAUAAAUUCAAGUAAGGAAAUAAUUAUUUCAAUGAAAUGUUCAUAUCCAGUACAAACAUCAGAAGAUUAUACUCGAUAUAGUAACGGAAGUUUGUAUCUGAUUACUCAAGCAAUCUUGUUAAAUAGAGAUGAGUACGUAUUAGUUAAUGAUCAUCGAAUUGUUUUUUGUGCUGAUCGAUUGAAACAGAACAGACCAACAUUUUCGUAUUAUCGUAAUAUUAUAACACUCAUUUGUACGUCAACAUCGCUUGUUUGUUUGAUUAUAUUUGUAAUAGCCUUUUGGUUGAUUCCUUCCUUACAUAAUCUUCCGGGAAAAUGUCUUUUACUUCUUUCAAUUUCAAUAUUUAUUGGUCAAUUAACAUUUAUUUCGACUUCUGAUCUUGUUCAAUAUUCUUCUUUUUGUUUUACAUCUGCUAUUUUCAUUCAUUAUUUUUAUUUAUCAUCAUUUUUUUGGUUAUUAAUUAUAGCAAUUCAAAUACAUUCAACAUUUAAUUAUCAACUUAUACGACGUGAAAACAAUCAUAAAGAAAAAUAUCGUCUAAUAGCUUAUAAUAUUCUUGUUUGGUGUUCAACUGGAAUCAUUAUUCUUAUUGCAUGUCUUAUACAAUUUACAAAUCCUGAUUCAAAUUUUUCGCCUAACUAUGGAUAUGUAUUUUGUUCAAUAUCAAAAUCAAAUGCAAUGAUUUUAUUUUUUCUGGUACCUAUUGGAUGUUUAUUGUUAAUUAUUGCAGCUUUAUUUAUUAAAACUAUCUUAGCAAUUCAUCAUUCACAUAAAAUGGCUCAAAUAGCAAUUGCAUCAUCAUCUGCAUUGAAUAAUAACUAUAACAAUCACAUAUUUAUCUACACUCGUUUAGCGUCAUUGAUGGGUCUACAAUGGAUUUUAUUGGUUAUUGCACUUAUUAUUCAACAAACUUGGUCUUGGAUUAUAUUUGAAAUAAUCAAUUCUCUUCCGGGAGUCUUCAUUUGUUUUGGAUUUUUAUGUUCACAAAGACUUUGGAAUCAUAUUAAACAAAGAGUGAUGACAAAAAUAAUAAUAAGAAGACAAUCGUCGAGAAGUAAUACAACAUCAUCAGCACUGAUGACAAUGACAUUUCAACGAUAA